GCCGUUACCAUAGAGUGCGCGGUCCUCCGAGAAAUGGACGGAGGGUCUCCAGACGGGGUGGAGGGCUGAUAGAGCCCCCCAGUACAGCCCCGCAGUGCCUUGGAAGGCCUUGAAGGGCCUCUGGGGUGGAUUUAGCCCAGAUCUCGGCGUUCAACCAACAGGAUUUUGGAAGGAUGGAGCUGAGCCGCGGGGCGCAGCGGGCGCGCUCGGCCGGCGGGCGGUAGGGACACUUGGCAUUGAGCAGCCUGCGCAGGGGCACCAAGGGGACGAUGGCUUCGCCCAGGAGCUGCUGCUGGAGGCGACGGCCGUCGUUCUGCCUUUUGAGCCUCUUGAAUUCGUCAAAGGCCGAAGCGGAGGUCUGGAAGAGGAGUAGGGCCAUGGCACGCGCGGUGGCGGCUUUGGGGACGAGGACGGCGUGACAGCGCAGCACCACCGCUUUGUUCUUCACCUGGUGUCGGUACACCCACGCAAAGACCUUCGGGUGCCGGCGGUCGGCUGUGCAGUAGGUGAUGCGGUGCAGCAGGACGUUCCUGGCACCAAAUUCCUGCUGGGGAGGAAGGAAAACAGGGCGGUGUGAGAAAACACUCCAUCUUAGCACACAGAGAGAGAGAGAAAAAAAAAAGCAAAGCACGUAGAAAAAUUGCUAGAAAAAUCCCCCCCCAAAAAUGAGAAAGCAAACUCAGAGAGAGCUCAACCCCCACCCCGAUCCCAAUACCUCGAGGCUGGGGAUGAUGCCCGGUGCACGCGUGGGGCGUUAUCCCGACGGGGCGUUGCGAUCGGGGAAAUAUUUAACCACGUCGGCGUCAUCGUGUGGGGCAGGCAGUGCAGGCAUGGAGGGCAGCGAGUGCCUACAGCUGCUGCUUCGCCGCUGCCGUGAGGCCAAGGACUGCGCCUACUGCCCCUACAGCCGCUUCCCCGUGGGCGCCGCGCUGCUCACCGUCGGCGGGGAGAUCUUCUCCGGAUGCAACGUGGAGAAUGCCUGCUACAGCCUGGGGGUGUGCGCUGAGCGCAUCGCCAUCCAGAAAGCCAUCUCUGAGGGGCACACACGCUUCAGGGCCAUGGCCAUUGCCAGCGACAUGUCGGACUUCAUCACGCCCUGCGGAGCCUGCAGACAGGUGAUGAGAGAGUUUGGCACAGACUGGGACCUCUACCUGACCAAACCCGAUGGCACCUACAUUGUGAAGACACUACAGGAGCUCCUGCCACUCUCCUUUGGCCCUGAGGACCUCCACAAGGCAUGAACUGCAUACCUGCAUUUCCCUUUCAGCGCUGGGGGUGAUGUAUUAUUCCCCCAACCUUUCCUCUAUGCGAGUGGCUCCACGGGGACGACGCCACGUGAAAGGAUUUGCUGCAUGGAUGUUGCUUGGAUCUGAGGCUGCAAAACUGGGGACAAAAAGCACUUUCAGCUCAAAGUCCCCAGCAUUAUCCAGCAGCCAUCUGUGCACGGGCAGCUCGGUGUUCAGUGGGCUGUCACUGCGGUGCCACCCCUCCUUUUUGCCUUCUUUUCUCCAUUUUAUUUUAUUUUAUUUUUUUGCUUGCUUUUGUGAGGACAGAGAGGAAUCCUGGGGGUGUUCACUGAUUGUCCUGGCAAUUAAAUUAUGCACAAUAGAAGAAAAAAAAA